AUGGGGUUCCAGAGGAGAGAAGGAUUCGUUCUGCCUAGGGGGUCUCAAGGGGCUUUCUGGAGGAGACAGCUCUGCUGGGUCGUAAAGGAUGAGCAGCUAAAGGGCCCAGAUACGAGCACUUCUCUAACAGGGCGCUUCAGACAGCAAGGAGGGCACAGAGCCAGGGAAACGAAGUCGGGGCGAGGAGACAGGUGGGCAGGGCCUGGGCGUGGGAGCUGGAAGACCCCCAGCGCCCUGUCUCCGCCUCCCUAGGUCUCCUGGGCCGGCGUGCUGCUACUGCUGCUGCUGCUGCUGCUGCCACCCACGCUGCUGUCACCAGGGGCGGCUGCGCAGCCCCUGCCCGACUGCUGUCGCCAGAAGACGUGCUCCUGUCGCCUCUACGAGCUGCUGCAUGGCGCGGGUAAUCACGCGGCCGGCAUCCUCACUCUGGGCAAGCGGCGGCCGGGGCCCCCGGGCCUCCAGGGCCGGCUGCAGCGCCUCCUUCAGGCCAGCGGCAACCACGCGGCCGGUAUCUUGACCAUGGGCCGCCGCGCAGGCGCACAGCCAGCGCCUCGUCCCUGCCCCGGGCGCCGUUGUCCUGCCGCAGCCGCCACAGCCGUCGCGCCCGGGGAACCGUCCGGGGUCUGA